AUGGUGGGGUCGCCGAUCUUGGAGGUGUUCCAGGGCCGUGUGGAUGUGGCACUGAGGGACGUGGUCAGUGUGCAUGGUGGGGGUGAGCUGAAGAGUGAGGCAGAGGUGAACCCCAAAGCUUACCCACUGGCUGACGCACAGCUCACCAAGACACUGCUGGACCUCGUGCAACAGUCCUGCAACUACAAGCAGCUACGCAAAGGAGCCAACGAAGCCACCAAAACACUGAACCGAGGAAUAGCAGAGUUCAUUGUGAUGGCUGCCGAUGCUGAACCGUUGGAGAUCAUCCUGCACCUCCCUCUUCUCUGCGAGGACAAGAAUGUUCCUUAUGUGUUCGUGCGCUCCAAGCAGGCCCUGGGCCGGGCGUGUGGGGUUUCCCGGCCUGUCAUCGCCUGCUCCAUCACUAUCAAGGAGGGAUCGCAGCUAAAGCCUCAGAUCCAGUCUGUACAGCAAGCUAUAGAGAGACUGUUGGUCUGAGCGCCCAUGAGUUUGAGUGUGUGUGGAAUGGGUAAUGGUGAAGUCAGGGGGAAUAAUGUCUAGCUUUAGUUGAUGACAUUAUAGUUUUGAUAUCAAUGUUCCAUUUCAAAAAUCACAUUUUUGUUCAAUAGUGGCUUAAUUCUUAAAGUGUCUCUGCCUCUUCUCCCCUCCCUUUUUCUAUUAUUCCACUCCAACACCCAUUCUUGUUGUAUUACUUCUUGAAAAGUGAUAGUACAACUGUAUUUACUGCUUGACAUUUAAAAGAAAAAAAA